AUGGAGGGCUUAUUCUUUAAUAUCAACGGCGGAUAUGUCGAGGGCAUUGUUCGCGGCUAUCGCAACAGCCUAUUGAGCGGCCAGAACUAUUCCAACCUCACUCAAUGCGAGACAAUUGACGAUGUCAAGCUUCAGCUCGCCCCCUCAUACGGCGAUUUCCUUUCGUCUCUUCCCCCCAACCCCUCCACCUCCGACCUCGCGGGCCGCAUGACAGAUAAACUAGUCUCUGAAUUCAAGUACUUGAUCGCACAAUCAACUGGCUCCACUGCCAAGUUCCUCGAAUACAUGACAUACGGAUACAUGAUCGACAACAUCGCCCUGUUGAUCACCGGCACACUCCAUGAACGAGACACGAGGGAACUCCUGGAGCGAUGUCACCCGCUGGGAUGGUUCGAGACACUUCCUGUGCUAUGUGUUGCGACGAACAUCGAAGAACUGUACAACUCAGUAUUGAUCGAGACCCCACUGGCUGCUUACUUCAAGGAGAGUCUCAGCCACCAGGACCUAGACGAGCUGAACAUCGAGAUCGUUCGCAAUACCCUCUACAAGAACUACUUGGAGGACUUCUACAAUUUCGUCAACACUCACCCAGACUUCAGCGGGACACCAACGCAGGACGUCAUGGCGCAGAUCCUGCAAUUCGAGGCGGACCGCCGCGCUAUCAACAUCACUCUCAACUCUUUCGGCACCGAGCUGUCCAAGCAGGAGCGAAGGAAGUUGUAUCCGGAGUUUGGCCAGCUCUAUCCGGAAGGAAGCUUGAUGCUGUCCCGUGCCGAGGAUGUCGAGGGUGUGGCCUUGGCCGUAAGCGCUGUGGCCGACUACAAAGCAUUCUUCGAUGCAGUGGGUCUGAGCCAGGGUGGUGGGGGACUCGGUGGUAUGGGCGGUGGUCCUGGAGAUGGAAAGAGUCUGGAAGAUCUUUUCUACCAAAAGGAGAUGGAUAUGUCAAAGCUGGUCUUCACCCGUCAAUUCACUCCUGCGGUGGUGUAUGCUUGGAUGAAACUCAAGGAGCAGGAAAUUCGAAACGUCACCUGGAUUGCGGAAUGCAUUGCCCAGAAUCAGAAGGACAGGAUUGGAAAUUUCAUAUCCGUUUUCUGA